AUGCUCAAGUCAGAAGGUGUUAAACUCCAUGCUGGACCCAAACUCCAAUCUUUACUUAAAUUUGGACCUCCAGCAGCUGAGUCGCUUAAAUUUGAAUAUGGACGGUUAGAAUGCACGCUUGAAGUUGUGGAUAAUGUGGAGGAGGCUGUUUCUCAUAUUAUUCGAUAUGGAAGUGGACAUACAGAUUCGAUUGUGACAAACGAUGACAAAGCAGCAGGCUAUUUCCUAACCCAAGUAGACAGCGCUUGCGUCUUUCACAAUUCAAGCACACGCUUUGCUGAUGGAUAUCGGUUUGGGUUGGGUGCUGAGGUCGGCAUCAGCACCGGACGUAUUCACGCCCGAGGGCCUGUAGGUGUAGAAGGCUUAUUAACCACAAAAUGGAUAUUGAGAGGCCAUGGACAUUGUGUCCAACAAUUUAAAGAAGGAGGGCCUUUCCAAUUUGUUCACGAACCUAUGGAGAUAAUUGACACGAAAAUACCAAUAUUCGGAACAGACAAAGAACAACAACAAACAAUAUUUGGAGGAUUUCCCCCAAAGACUGAAAACAUUGUUGAGGACGAUAUUGAAUUCCCAAAGAAGGAAACAGCUAUUUUUGGAUGA